GGGGAAUGCAAAUUAAAAACUUCCUCAGAAGAAAACUGAAAAGGAACAGAGCUGUAAAAUUGACAUUAUAGAUGACACAAGCCAGAUUAUAGAGAGAGACAGGCUCAUCACAGACAAAUGCACCUAACUGGAAGAAAGAAAAGUGGUAGAUCUAUGUACAAGAAUUCACCUUCUAGAGUGGCCCUUACGAACUAUUGAAGUAUGACACAGACAGGUCAGCCAGCAAUAAGAGACUAUCAUCUGGAAAACUGGGUUUGGGAUCGCAACUCUAAACCAGCAGAAGUUCUUCUAUCGUCUACGCACGAGGCUGCAUAUUUCUACAUCGAUCCCAUAAUUGAAAGUACAGGGACUGUAGCUGUGAGGGGUACCAAAGGUUUUGCCGAUGGGGAACACUACUGGGAGAUUGUCUUUCUGGAACCUCCGAUUGGAACAUCUGUGAUGAUUGGGGUCGGCACAAGGAAGGCCCAGUUGAAAUCCAAGCACUAUCAGUACAUACAUCUUCUAGGUAAAGAUAAAGAAAGCUGGGGUCUGUCUUACAAAGGAUUCAUCUGGCAUAAUGGAAUCAGCAAACGUUACUGUGACCCAUUCUACGAGCGGUCCACGGUCAUAGGCGUACUGCUCAACAGAUACAAGGGCACGCUCUCUUUCUUCAAGAAUGGCGUGAGCUUGGGAGAGGCUUUCAACGGUUUGAACGCUGUCAAGGAGCCUCUGUAUCCCAUGAUUAGCUCCUCGUCCACCCAGACUGAGCUCGAGUUGGGAGCCAGGACAUGCCGCUACGUGACCUUACAGGAGAAAUGCUUUUCAAAAAUACGCAACAGUUUACAGGACACUGAUUCUAUUGAUAAUCUCCCUUUGCCUAGAUUAAUGAAACUUCACUUAAAGAUGCUUUAAGAUGAUCUCCCUUUGCAUAGAAAAGUGAAACUUCUGCUGAUGGUGCUUUAGAAUAAUAAAAUCUAGAAAAUAAAUAUUUUUUAUGUACCGGUACUAUGGAAAAAUAAAAAUUACAAUAGACAUACUCAUAGGGGACCCUGUUGUAUCAAAGUACUUUCCUACAUGUUUUGCUAUUGUAUUUUUUUCUAUGCAGUUAUUCACUUCUGCAGCAGUAAAUCCUUUUAGAUACAAUGGAUCAAAUCUUGUCAUGCUAUUUUACACAUUAUGCAUAAUACCUGUAAACAUAGUGUAUCAACCAUACACCUAAACUUGUAUUUGCUAUAUAAUAUAUCCACCUUGCAUUUGAUCUUGUUUAGUUCGGUUAUAAAAUAUGCACCAAGUAGUGUAAAGAUGGUAAAUCCAUUCGUCCCAGUGGCGCUACAGCCCAGGUAGGGCCCUGGCCUGCUUUAGCACAUCUCUCCAUUCUGAUCUACCCUGGGCUUUACGUCUCCAUGCCCGGGCCUUUAGCUGUUGUAGAUCUGCCUCUACGUCAUCAAGCCACCGUGCUGGUGGUCUGCCUUUGGGGCGACUGCUUUUUGGUUUUUGGCUGUGAACAAUCUUUGCUCCUCUGUUCUCUGACAUUCAUUCGAGGUGACCUGCCCCCAACGUAAUCUGUUUCUUUGUAUUUCGGUCACUAUGGAGAGGUCUUCAUACAGCUGAUAUAUUUCUUGGUUGGUGCGAAUCCUCAUUUCGGUUUCCUCAUGUAUGGCAAAGAUUUAACAAUUAGCCUAUGCAUUUAGACUGGCAAAAGGUAGUUAUAGACCAUGCAAUUUAAUCUUAUAAAGACCUUGUAAAUAAACUAGUCUUCAAAAUGUGACGUUUUAGUAGCGAAUGUAGUAGAGAAUAUUUUUACUGUGCUAAAUAAAUUGUGCCAUAUUUGUUCUUUUGUGAUCAUGUUUUUUUUUAUGGAGUAUUCUCAAAUCUCAUAACGCCAUAUAAAGAGCCUAUAUCAUAUAUCAAUGAUAAGUAUAAUAUUUUACUAUGCAUAUAUGUAUAUUUAUAGAUCAUUUUCUUAUAGACUCUACUCUUAUAAUAAAAAAAGGUUCUAAAUCAUGUAUAUAUUUCUUAAUAAUGUUAUGUCUUGCCGAUCAUUAGUUCUACCACUUUUGAGACGUUUAUUUUAAUAAUAUGUUCAUUUUGAAAACUGCAGUUGACACAUUUCAUCGGUGUCAAUGUUUUGUUAAGAAAUCCACAAAAUGCUCCUAUCUCUUGCUGAUAUUUGUAUAAUUCACUUGGUCUUUCAUUUAUAUUUCUAAAUAAUAAGGCUCGUCUUCGAGUCUGAAGAUUAAUGAUGAGAAGUGGCGUAGCAUCCAUAGCGCGAAGGGGUUCAAUGAACCAGGGCCGGAUGUAACAUAAGCUCUAGUUUAGGGCCUCCAAGAAAUAUUUAGUAGUUAUAUAUAAUAUCUAGGCGCGGUGGCUGAGUAGUAAAGUGCUUGGCUUCCGAACCGGGGUUCGGGGUUCUAAUUCUGGUGAGGACUGGGAUUUUUUCAUUUCGGGAAUCGGGCGCCCCUGAAUCCACCCAGCUCUAAUGGGUAUCUGACGUUAGUUGGGGAAAAGUAAGGCGGUUGGUCGUUGUGCUGGCCACAUGACACCCUCGUUGUCCGCAGGCCACAGAAACACAUGAACGUUACAUCGUCUGCCCCAUAGACCGCAAGGUAUGAAAAGGGAAAGCUUUACUUUACUUAAUAUAUAAUAUCUAGACUUAUAUGGGGCCCAUAUUUCAAAUAGCUUAACGCCUUUUCAGCUCUAACUACGGCACUGCAUGGCACGUAGGGGGCUCAUUGCGCCUGGGCCGAUGACUAAUGACCGAAUGAGGCCUUAGAAUAUCCUAAAUACACAAAAUAUUUGUCAUAUGGGGGGGGGGGGAGGAGGCCCAUCAACAUAUUCUUCAACCUGGGCCCACGGGUACCUUGCUACGCCACUGAUGAUGAGAGCAGUACUUUAUGUGCCUCAGCUGCCACCGACAUAUUUCUUUAUACUUAUAGUAAAAAAAAAAAGCAAAUCCUAAUUAUUUUCUUUCACUGUGUGUUUCAUAAACCCUUAAAAAAUGAUGUUGUUUUUCUAUCUAAUAUAAUUUUCUAAUGGACCUCAUUCACCAAUCGUAAACAAACAACAUUAAGCCACGUGAUUAUCUCUCCUAUACAAAUUACGGUCUAAUUUUAAUCAACAAUGAUUAUAACGUGACAGUUUGUUUUCGUUGUUUUAUCAAUAUUAUCACGUGACCGUUAGUUUUGGUGAAUGAGGUCCAUUAUUUUUAUUAAUUGUUUUCAAAAAUUGUUAAAUGUUUUUGUUAGCUUGUAAGACCUAUGAUAGGUCACAAAUGCUUAGCUCUACUUUGCUAAGUAAAUAGAAUUUAAGGUCUCUGAAAUGUAAUGUUUUUAUGUUCAAUUGAAAUAUGCAUUCACCAGACUACUUGAGAAACUAAAGACAUCUAUCUGGUUUUGCAAGGUUGUCAUUGCCGAAGUUGUAAUAGAUAUAAGCACUUCACUACCUAUAAAAUGCUUCCUAAUGGCAUGCCUCUCAAAAAGCCUCUAACCUCCAGUUUAAUUUCUGGCCUUCACGUGCGCCUCAGAUAUUGAGUCCGGCGGAAGUGUUUUCACUGAAAGGAAAAGGGGCGAAAGCGAGUAACUGGCGCCUAAACCAGCAAGCUUCAUGCAGGAGGGGCACUGCAUCUCAUUUGCUGUUCCUUUGGACACAUCAUCUGCUUGGGGAGGGGAAAACUGAUGCCCAGGCCCAGGCAUUCAUCUAAUUUCCAUGAGAUGAUCCAUAGUCACGACUGAAGGACGCCAUAAAUAAAGACAUCUAUCAAGUCAUAUCUCUGCACACACAAUCCGCCCAUCCAUCCGAUAUUUUUUAAUAGUUCGCAGAACAUGAAUAACUGCACCAUAAGCCCUCUGAAAAAAAAAAACAGGUUAGGAUCAUAAUGCAUAAAUUAUUUUUUUUAAAAAUUACUUUCUGGAAAAUAUAUUCGAAAACAAUUGUUCUCCAGGAAAUGUUUUCUUUAUGUUCAUUUGUUACCUUGUUUCAGUACCUUAUGUUGCCAACUCUGAUCCUGUCAUUCUUGUGAUAGUGUUGAAAAUAAAUGACAUUUUUAAAGUUC